AUGCUGCGGCUCCCCAGGGGAGUGUCCCCCGCCCCGGGGAGGGGGGGUACCGCCCUCCCGCCCCCCCCUCCCCACCCUCCCCACCAACGCCCGAAGAAGGUCAUGGCAGUGAUGGUCUCCUGUGAUCCGGGGGCUUCCAGCCUGGGUACCCCCCCGUUAUCCACUGGCUGUUUCGCCCAAGUCAACACGCCAGCGGCUGUCAGCGCCCCCGCUUCACAGGGCAGGUGCCUCUGUGACACCCCCCAAGGCCCCGAGCUCAGGACCCUCUGUUCAGCCUCGGCGGGGCGGCUGCCGGCCAAGAGGAAGCUGGACCUGGAGGGCCCCGAAUUUCGCACGCCCAAGGGGAAGGGCUGGACACUGGGACAGGUCCCCAGCCCCAGGACCCCCAGAUCUCCUGGGGAGAAGACUCGCUACGACACCUCACUCGGGCUGCUCACCAAAAAAUUCAUCCGUUUGCUGAAUGAGUCUCCCGACGGUGUUGUGGAUCUGAACCAGGCUGCUGAGGUGCUGGAGGUCCAGAAACGUCGCAUCUACGACAUCACCAACGUACUGGAGGGCAUCCAGCUCAUCCGCAAGAAAUCCAAGAACCACAUCCAGUGGAUGGGGACGGGGAUCUUUGAGGAUGUAGCAACGGUGGUGAAGCAACAAGUGCUGCGUGGGGAACUGGCCGAACUGGCUAGGACAGAGAGGAUGCUGGACCAGCUCAUGCAGGACUGUGCCCUGCAGAUCCAGCAGCUGGCUGACAAUGAGACCAAUCAGAGGCUGGCAUAUGUCACCUACCAGGACCUUCGUGCCAUCAGCAGCUUCCAGGAGCAGACAGUGAUUGCUGUGAAGGCUCCCCCUGAGACACAGCUGGAGGUGCCAGACUUCAGCCAGGAGAACUUCCAGCUUUACCUGAAGAGCACCAAUGGCCCUAUCGAGGUAUACCUCUGCCCAGAGGAGAUCACGGAGGAAAGCCCCACCAAGGACCACCCUGUUCCCUCUGCUGCCACCUCCCCACAGGACCACUCCAUACCUCUUCGCCUGACGAACAGCACUCCAUCAGCCACACAGCCAGCCCACCCCCUCUCCCAGAGCUGGGGGGGCACAGGAACUCCUCUCUCACCCCUAUCUCUGCCCCUCCCCAUUCAGGGGGGACCCAGCUCACUGCUGGAGAUGGAGCCUGGGCUCCUAGGCUCCCCUGCCCAUCUUCUGCAGCAGACAGAGGACCAGCUGCCCUGCACCCCUUCCCACCUGGACUUGGGACCCUUCAUUACCUUCUCGCCCCCCUUGGAACAGGAUGACUAUCUCUGGGCACUUGAGGGUGAGGGUGUCACAGAUCUCUUUGAGACAUAUGACCUGGGAGACCUGCUGAAGCACUGA